AUGAAGCUGCUGGCUGCCCUCGCUUCGGCGUUGGCAUGGGGCGUGAGCCUUGCCGAAGCCAAGGCCGUGUUUGCUCACUAUAUGGUGGGCAACACCAAGUCCCUUGGCUUGAUCGACUGGAGACAUGAGAUGCAGGCUGCCCAAGCUGCAGGCAUAGAUGCCUUUGUGCUGAACAUGGCCAGCAAGGACCCCACCAACAACAUUGCCCUGCCCAUGGCCUUCACCGCGGCCGAUGACAUGGGUUUUCAGCUCCUCUUUUCAUUCGACUACGCCGGCAACGGCCCCUGGGACAAGUCUAUCGUCAUCGACAUGAUCAAGGAAUACGGCGCCAAAGACACCUACUUCAAGACGGCCGGGAAGCCAUUCGUCUCAACCUUCGAGGGUCCCAAUAAUGCUGACGACUGGAAGGAUAUCAAGAAGGAGACCAACUGUUUCUUCAUGCCCGACUGGUCAUCUGUCGGUGCCCAGCCUGCCGUCCACCUGGGCGACGGCAUUGCCGACGGUCUCUUUAGCUGGGACGCCUGGCCGAAGGGGCCGGCCAACAUGACAACCUAUCCCGACGCCUCGUACUACGACUUUUUGGGUUCGAAGCCGUACAUGAUGCCUAUCUCUCCGUGGUUCUACACCAACCUGCCCGGCUACGGGAAGAAUUGGCUGUGGCGCGGCGACGACAUGUGGUUCCAGCGCUGGCAGCAGGCCAUCUCCCUCGACCGCCAGCCCGACUUCAUCGAGAUCAUUUCGUGGAAUGACUACGGCGAGUCGCACUAUAUCGGCCCCCUGGACGACCGCCAGUACGAGGCUUUCGACAUUGGCCGUGCUCCUUUCAACUACGUCAAGGACAUGCCCCACGACGGCUGGCGCGAGACGCUCCCGUACUACAUCUCCAUGUACAAGUCCGGAACCGCCACCGUCACGGAAGAGCGCCUCGUGGCAUGGUACCGAGUCAACAAGAACGGGGCCUGCUCCGAUGGCGGCACCACUGGCAACACGGCGAACCAGCUGCAGUUCGAGUACUCGCCCAACGUCAUGAUGGAGGACAGGGUUUUUUACGACGUGCUCCUCACAAGCAACGCCCAGGUCCAAGUCAGCAUCGGCGGCGUCGUUCAGGCCGGCGGAUGGGACCAGGAACCCUACGGGGGCGUUGGUGUAUACCACGGCAGCGUCCCGAUCGGGAUGGCAAGCGGUCAAGUCGUGGUGACGGUGAAGAGAGGGGGCACGACCAUUGCCACCAUCACGGGGGCGUCCAUCACCAGCAGCUGCAAUGGAGGCCUCAACAACUACAACCCUUGGGUGGGGAGUGCCAGGGGGGCCCCCAUCAUUCCAGUCACGACCACUGGCGACCUUUCCAAGUUGGAUUGCGUCAAGGGCUUCGGUGUGUUUGACUUCAUCGGCGUCUGCGACUUCGCCUGUGCGAAUGGCUACUGCCCCAGCGCCGCCUGUACUUGCCUCAAGAAGGGCGUGGCCAAUGCCCCCAACGAGACGGGACUGGCGGGCUAUCCGCUCCCCGGGAAGAGCGGCUCCUUCGCGGGGCUCUGCAGUUUCGACUGCAACCACGGGUACUGCCCGGACUCGGUUUGCGGUCAGACUCCCGACGACGGCGUCGUCCUGGGCUACUCGCCUUUCCUGCCGCCCGCAUGCACGGGGGGGACCGGCGCUGGCGCCUUCCAGGGCCUCUGCGACUUUGGAUGCCAUCUUGGCUUCUGCCCCAUCCACGCUUGCACCUGUACCUCGACCGGCAUCUUGGUUCAGACACCGCCCAAGACGAACGUGACGGGAUACUACCUGGACUCGUCCACGGACGACUACGGCCUCUGCAAGUUUGCCUGCGAACACGGCUACUGCCCCGAUGUCUGUGGCAGCCGACCCAUUGGCGACGACGGGAAUCAGGGCAAGUAUCCCACCAUCACCCUGGAUCCCGCCGUCUGGACCGCUCCAACGGCCCAGUGUGCGCCCCCCUGUGUUCUUGUCCUCCCCCCCUCUUCCCUCGCCAGUCCGACCACCAUCUCCUUCGACCCCUGGCAAACAUCUCUCGAGUUCGGGUGGAUGACAACGGAUACGGUCGACGGCACCGUGACGACCCACUACACUGCUGUCACCGUCUCCACUGAGAUUUCCAUCCCACCGGUGAUCACGGACCUCAUCAGCUUCUCGGAGGUGAUCCUAACCACGACAGUCGACGGUGGCGUCCCGUCCAUCAUCAUCCCGACGGCGAGUGUCAGCCCGCCCCCCUUUGUCAUCACGCCGACUCCCGUCGCCGACAUCACAGCGGCGCCCGUAGCCCGGACCAUCCGUCCGCCUCCGUGGCCAUGGAGUGGCGCUAGUGCGAUGCCAGAUCCAAGCGGAACUUCCACAACGACCCCUACUAGUGGCCCUGUCGUCGUUGUGCCCAUUGUUACCGGGCCGUUCCCCACCACCGUUUUCCCCACGGAAACAGCAAGUUGGGUCAGGGACUGGCUCCCAGAGCCCACUGCGACCCAGGUAGAUGAUGGUGAUCCUGUUCCUGUCGUUCCCUGCUGGGCCUGGUUCAUAUGGUCGUGCCCCCCCAAUGUUGGUGGCAUCGUCUUGCCCGGCUUCAAGAAUCCGGGCAUCUACCCCGAGGGAGGCCCGCCGCCCGUCGGCCCCAACCCGCCUCCGGGUCUGACACUGAAAAUCCCCUGGCCCCAAAUCACCAUCGGCCCCGACCGCAAGCCCACGUACCCGGACAAGCCAGACCCGGAGGAGGUCAGCUGUGAGACGGCGACAGCCAGCGUGUGCACCACGACCCUCUCAUAUGGCAUUGUGGCCAAGCGGGCCGCUGAAGGGGCCGCCCCGACACGGGCGCCUCGGAUCCCCUUCGAAGAGUACCGGAAGCUCACCAAGCGUGCCGUCACCACGACGACAUCCACCAUCUCCUUCUGCACCCAGGUGACGGGAUGCGGCGCAACCGACAUCACGACGACAACCGCAAUCGCAACCACCGCCACGCCCAUUCCUCGCGUGGUUAUCCCUCACGACCCUUGGAGCGUCGACGGCAUCAGGACAGCCCUGCAGCAGCAGCUUGGGGGCUCCGCCUUGGACCUUUUCGAGUCCAGAACGGACCAGCUGGGCACCAUGUUCUUCUUUGUCCCGGCCUUCACCAACGACCAGACCGACGCCAUCAAGGGCCACGCGCAGGUCGCGGACGCCUAUAUCCCCCAGGGCCAACUGAUCAGUUAUUUGGGCAUGGCCCGUGACCCGACCUCAGGGGGAGGACAACCUGCUAGCGAUGAUGAUUGGUUUAUGGACACCCUGAACAGCACUGAAAGUGAAUUACAAGAGCGGUCCAUUCUUGCCAAGCGCAGCGAGAUUGUCCAGUCGAAUUUGCCCGACGUCAUGGUCUCACUUUCCUGGCCUUAUGGGAUCGGUCCCGUCCCAGACCAGGGAGAUUACAGGUUCGACUCGUCGGCGGGCGAGGGCACUUAUGUGUACCACGUCGACUAUGGCGCCCAGCCUUCGCACCCAGAAUUUAGCGGCGUGUCGUUCCUCCACCCGCUGCUUCCGGGGCCGUACCCCGUGAGCGGCUGGAUGGAAAACGAUAGAAAGCGGCACGGAACCAAGUGUCUCUCCAAGGCGGUGGGGAAGACGGUUGGCAUCGCCCGCAAGGCGACCGUGGUGGCGACCGUGUGGGACUUUACAAAGAUGAUUUUCGAGCACUACCUCGACGGGCUCGCCAAGGUGCACGCCGACAUAUCCACCGGGGCGAGGGGCGCGAAGAGCGUCGUCAACUUCUCCAUCUCGUUCCCCCAAGGCCUUGUGUCGGACGCGUUUGUGGACAAGCUGGCCUUGCUGAUUCGAGAGAUCAUCAAACUCGGCGCCGUGUUCGUCACGGGCUCCGGAAACGAGGCUGGCUCUCCCAACGGCUAUCCGGCGCUUUUCGGAGACCCCGACAACCGCAACUAUAUCCCAGAGCUCAUCGUCGUCGGGUCGGUUACCGGAUGGGGCUUCUUGGGCGGCCACGCCGAUGCGCUCUGGGUUACCUGCUACGCGCCUGGUUUCUUCCUGCGGUUGGCCACCUCUGGCCCGACUGACUCAAGGGACCCUGGGUACCAAUCCACCCUCGCUGGGACGUCGUACGCCUCCGCAACGGUCGCCGGUCUGGCAGCGUAUUUCCGCGGCCUUGAUGACACCUUGACCACCGCCGCCAUGGUGAAGGAGAGGAUUGUGCGCCUUGCAUACCGCCGGCAGCCGACCCUCGCCUACCCCGACGAGGACUAUCCCGACAAUGUGGUCUGGAACGGUCAGAAGUGGGGCCGAUCCAUUGUCCGCGACUGCAGCGGCGGCUCCAAAGCAAAGCGGCAGAGCAACGGCGGGUCCUGCCCCGUCGCGUUCCCGCCCCAGCCGUCGCCCCUGACCUUCCGCACCGGCCCGCCCCAGCCGACUUGCGCCGGCGCCGGCUGCGGCAGCAGCUGCGCAGGCUUCUUCUGCCCUGGCACCCCGCUCAAGCAGAACCCGGACUUCCUGGACCCGCGCAACCCGGACAGCGUGCAGAACCCGGACAGCCCCUACUACGAGGACUGGGACGGCACCAUCACUCGCACCACCACCCCUACCAAAACCAUCCCCACCACCACUCCAACGCCUCCCAAAAUCUCGAGCGUCCCAAUCGGAGGCCCCUGCCGUCUUACUGACGAAUGCGAGGAUAACUGCCCCAAGCCCGGGGCCGUUCAGUGCCAAUCCGGAGCGUGCACUUGCUGGCCCCCCCCUCCCAAAACUACCCCGCCUCAUGCGGCGAUGUGCUAUGACGUCCAGCAGUGCUUGGAUGUUUAUGACUGUGGGUCUGGGGCCUUCAUGGUGUGUGAGCCAACGGAUUAUUCCAACGGGAAUGGGCUCUGUCAGUGUAUAAAAGGGAAUAGCAGUUGA